AUGAUUGAAAACCCAUCACCAACUUGCGAUAAUGAAGGAACCAAUCAAAAUGUGACCAUGGAAAGUUGUUCAGAUGCUCUUCAAGCACCACCAGGUCCAUUUGUUUUGCCAACAGAACUUGAAUGUGAUUGCAAAAAACAAAAGGCACAAUGUCAAGUCUAUUUAGUAUAUCAAUUCAACAGAAGAGUUGAUACUCUACACAAAUCUCUCGUUAUUGAUAGUUCUCGUCGUGAUAUGCACUCCAAGAUUGGAGAUCAUGAGAUCGAUGUUGUCGAUCUAAACAACAUUCGAGAAAAGGAGAAGGGGCUUUGCGCUGUCUCUAGUGCCUACAUGGUGGACGAACCACUCUCUGACUGCCAGUCCAGCUUGGAUCGUUUUCGCGACAGCACAAAUUACCUACAGGAUAACAUCCGUCUGGUAUGUCGCGAAUUCAACACCAAUGCCAAGUGGACCACUGACCUACUUAGAUCAAUUGGUUUCGAAAGUGAAUUCAACCAGUCUUUUGCCGACCCCUCUUUUGACGAACUCAAAGAAUUGUUUAUCUCCAACAAGGUGGAGAGUUAUCUCAAGUCGCUUUGGAGAAAUGCCAAGGAAAAUAAUGACAAACGUAAUGGUCUACGAACAAGAGAUCUGGACAAUCCAAUGGGAUUUGACAUUACGGUACCCUUUCUCACUCGUCUCUGGCUCUUUUUAAAGGCAAGAUGUUACUAUUCUGGCAUCGAUUUUGAAUACACGCCUCAUGUGAUUAUCGAUCAAGUAUCCAAAGUCGUCAAGCCCCAACCUGUCCAACCAGUGGCCGAGUCUCAACCAGUGGCCAAGAUCCAAUCCAUCAACUAUGAUGACCUCCUUGACGAAGAGAUAUCUGACGACCAAGACCUCUCUGACCUCUCUGAUGACGAGGACCUUUCUGACCACGCCGCCGCCAAUCGAUCUACCUCUACUGGUCAAUCCACCUCCAACGGUCAAUCCAAGGAUGAGGUAAUCACCAGAGUGAAAUCCCCAAAUCCUUACAAGUUGUCAAUUGAACGUCUUGAUCCCACACUGGGAUAUCUUCAAUCCAACACGGUUCUCAUUCUGUAUUGCUUCCAAUCAGGUGUGACCACCAGUUACCACAAGAACAAUUUGGUCAAGCAACAACUCAAAGCUGCCCAAGACCACUUGGAUUCAUUGCUCAAGCAACCGUUGGACUCGCAAGAUCCGUUGGAGAUUAAAAGAUUGCAAGAUAUUGUUACCAGACUUGAAAGAAUGUUGGAGCUUAGAGAGGAGCGUUAUCAAGAUAAGAAGCAUUUGCUUCCACGCGUCGAACAACCCAAACAAGUGGUACUUGGAAAAGAUCUAUGGCCUGAAUUAUAUGCCACCAAACCAUUACCAAAUAUCAACCCACAGGACUUGUAUGACUCUCUUCCAGCAAGCAUUCGCAAUGAACUAUUUUCAAAUGAUGAUGAUGAAAUGACUGAUGUUUAA